AUGGUCGUACUCGCUAUAGUACUCUCGUUCGUAUACGUACUAGCGCUGCUGACGCGUCCCGCGUUCUUGUUCCGUCCCGCGGCGCCUGAGCGGCAGGCGACGGCGCUGCCGCAGAGCGGGUGCGAGACGGCGCGCAACUGCACGGGGACGCUGCUGGACCGACACGUGUACCAGCGCCACGACGCGGAAUUUAGUGGUCUCUGGCCGCGGCGGCCGCAGACAAGGCGCGCGCGGCGCCCACCUCGUGCUGACGACCCCUCAUCGACCCACGUGUACAGCCGCAUUCGCCACGGCGCCCACCUGCGAAUGCCGCGCAUACUAGCGUGUCUCACGCGCCGCCUCCCUCACGCACCGCCUCCCCGCCCGCUGCUGCCGUCUCGUCGUUGUUGCUCCUCGCCUCCCAGCGCACCUCUCCCCCCUUCCUUCCCCCCCCCCCCCCCUCCCCCCUUCCUUCCUCCCCCCACUCCCCCAUUCCUUCCCUCCCCACCCCCCCCCCCCCCUCCUCUCCCACCUCUGCCCCCCAUCCCCCCCGCUCUCCCCCCUUCCCUCCUCGCCCACGCAGGUGGAAGGACACGGGGCAGCGGAUGCGCGGGCGCGAGAGGGGCGGAGGACGGGGACACGGGGCAGCGGAUGCGGGGGCGGGAGAAGGGGGGGAGGUGGACGGGGUACAUCCUGGAGGUGACGCUGCACCGCUGGCUCAAUAGGUCCGCCACCAACCGCCACGUCUGGUGGCACUUCAUGACGCUCAUGGUACCUGCGCUCUUCCCUCCCCCCUCCCAUGCCCUCUUCCCUGCCCUCUCCCCUGCCCUCUCCCCUGCCCUCUCCCCUGCGCUCUCCCCUGCCCUCUCCCCUGCCCUCUCCCCUGCGCUCUCCCCUGCGCUCUCCCCUGCCCUCUCCCCUGACCUCUCUCCCCUGCCCUCUCCUCUGCUCUCUUCUCUGCCCUCUCCUCUGCCCUCUCAGCUGCCCUCUUCUCUGCCCUCGCUUCCGCUACUCUCCUGUGCCUCAACUGUGCCUCUCACGUGCCUCUCACGUGCCUCUCACGUGCCUCUCACGUGCCGCUCGUGUGCCUCUGUUCUGUCGUGUGCUGUGCUAUGGGCACCGGACCGCAUGAGCAGGGCACACAAGGGAGUGGUGCUGUUCUUCGUGGGGGCGGGGUGGAGCGUGCAGAACAAGCUGCUGCUUCCCAAGAAGGAUGAAGGCUUCUUCCGCCUCGCCGCCCCGCUGGUGGUGGAUUUGGGCAUCCUGGGAGUCAUGCUGGACCAGGUGCCCAUGAUGCCCAUAGAUUUCUACAUGGGGCCACCCGGAGUGGGCAAGGCGGUGAAGUUGCAGGAGGAGCAGAUCAUGGCGCAUGCGGCGGCCAUGUUUCUGGAGAACCCGAGCGACUACGAGUGGUCAAUGGAGUUCCCGAUGGUGAAGUCGGUGGUGCGCGGCUUCGAUGUCGCUCAACUCGCCACCCGCGCUCUGCUGCCCUCCGUGCCCGUGGAGGGCUUUGUGAUGAUCGGUGUGAGCAAGAGGGCGCUUUGCUCCUGGCUGGCUGCCGCCCUUGACAAGAGGGUGGUGGGGAUCAUAUCGUACGGCUACGAUUUCUUCAACAUGGUGGCAAGCUACCGCCACAUGUUCCGCUCGCUGGGCGGCUGGCCCAUUCUGCUGCGCUUCCAUGUCGACUACAACAUCACCCGCCAGAUCCUCCAGCCACAGUUCAACAGGUUCAUGGAGCUGGUGGAUGCGUACAGCUACCGCGAGCGCCUCACCAUGCCCAAGCUCAUUGUCUCUGCUGCCAACGACGAGUUCUUUGCCCUUGAUGACAGCUACAACUACUGGGAGGGGCUACCGGAGCCCAAGUUUCUGAAGCUGCUACCCAACAUCGACCACAUGGUGCUGCAUUCCUCCCAGUGGGGCUACGACGCCUGCAUGUCCUUCUUCCUCGCGCUGCUCCACGACACCUCCUCCUGCGCCGCCCUGCCCCCCUCCAGCCGCCCCUCCCUCACCUGGCUCCCACCCAACACCUCCUCCCCUUCCUCCUCUCACCAACCCUCAUCUUCACCCCCCUCCUCAUCCAAUCCUACCGACACCAGCAGCAGCAGCAGCAUUGGGAGGGCGGGGCUGUUCUCGCUGGCGUUGGGGGGCCGCCCUGCUGCCCCUCUGCUGCUGCUGCCUUGGUCCUGCUCCCCUCUGCUCACACAAGUGCUCUGGCCCAAGCUGACGUGGCGCUUUGAUUGGCCCUCCUACACCAUCCAUGCCACGUCAGAGGUUAAACCUGUGGCUGUGCAAGCAUGGACUGGGAAGACCUUCAUGGGCAGCAAGCGGCGCGACUUUCGAUUCAUUCUGCACCAAGGCAGGACGGGAUGUGUGCUGCCGUUCCAAGGCCCGGCAGGAAGCUACGUGAGCAGGCUGGGCAAGCUCUGUGUGCAGCCCAUCGCCUUCUUCCAAGAUAAAGUCACAUCCCCUACAAGGAAGGUCGAUGGCAAGUGGCAUUUCAGCGCCACUGUCAGCAACAUUCCCAAG